AUGCUGAGGGCUACAACCUUGAAGAAGGCUGCCGGCAGCAGUCUGCUGCGCAGCAGCACUGCUUGCUCCGCCUGCCGCAGAUCCUACUCUCUUGCGACAGCGUCUCGAGGUGCUCUGGCAGCUCCGGGAGCACGAUCAAAUUUCCAGCUCACUGCCCGCAGACCGCUGGCCGUUAUUGGCCAUGCUGCUCACCGGAGGGAAUAUGCCCAAAGUGCGGAGGAAACAUCGCGCGGGGUGGACCCCAACGAUAGCUUCCUCCAAGGAAAUACUGCCAACUACAUCGACGAGAUGUACCUUGCAUGGCGCAACGAUCCUUCGAGUGUGCACAUCUCUUGGCAGACGUAUUUCAAGAACAUCGAAGAUGGCAAUAUGCCAAUCUCUCAGGCUUUUCAGCCCCCUCCCACCAUCGUUCCCACCCCCGUCGGCGGUGUCCCACAGUAUAUGCCGACCGCUGGGCACGAUCUGACAAACCAUCUUAAGGUCCAGCUUCUUGUCCGUGCCUACCAGGCCCGUGGCCACCACAAGGCGAAGAUUGACCCUCUAGGCAUCCGUGGCGAGGCCGAAGCUUUCGGUUACAACCGCCCGAAAGAGCUAGAGUUGGAUCACUAUGGAUUCACUGAGAAGGACCUCGACCAAGAGUUCACCCUAGGACCCGGUAUCCUCCCCCGCUUCGAAACCGACUCACGGAAAAAGAUGACCCUCCGUGAGAUCAUUGGCGCCUGUGAAAGAAUAUACUGUGGUUCAUACGGUGUCGAGUACAUUCACAUUCCGGAUCGCAAGCCUUGUGACUGGAUUCGUGACCGCUUUGAAAUCCCACAGCCUUACAAAUACUCGGUCGAUGAGAAGCGCCGUAUCCUUGAUCGUCUGAUCUGGAGUUCAAGUUUCGAAUCUUUCUUGGCUACCAAGUUCCCCAACGACAAACGUUUUGGUCUCGAAGGAUGUGAAACUUUGGUACCUGGUAUGAAGGCCCUUAUCGACCGAAGUGUCGACUAUGGCAUUAAGGAUAUUGUUAUUGGAAUGCCUCACCGUGGUCGGUUGAACGUGCUCUCCAACGUCGUCCGCAAACCCAACGAAUCCAUCUUCAGCGAGUUCGCUGGUUCUGCUGAGCCUGAGGAUGAAGGUUCUGGUGAUGUGAAAUACCAUCUUGGUAUGAACUUCGAGCGUCCCACUCCGUCUGGAAAGCGUGUUCAACUUUCACUGGUUGCCAACCCUUCACAUCUUGAAGCCGAGGACCCUGUUGUUCUCGGUAAGACUCGUGCUAUUCAACACUACAACAAGGAUGAGAAGGACUUUGACACCGCUAUGGGAGUUUUGUUGCACGGUGAUGCUGCCUUUGCAGCUCAGGGUAUCGUCUAUGAAACUAUGGGCUUCCACUCUCUUCCUGCCUAUUCUACCGGUGGUACUGUCCACAUUGUCGUGAACAACCAGAUUGGAUUUACAACUGAUCCUCGUUUCGCCCGCUCUACCCCUUACUGCUCGGAUAUUGCCAAGGCUAUUGAUGCUCCUGUUUUCCACGUCAAUGCGGAUGAUGUGGAAGCUGUCAACUACGUUUGCCAGGUUGCCGCUGACUGGCGCGCUGAGUUCAAGCGUGAUGUCGUCGUCGAUAUUGUCUGCUACCGUAAACAAGGUCACAACGAGACUGACCAGCCUUCGUUUACUCAGCCUCUGAUGUACAAGCGUAUUGCUUCCCAGAAGAACCAGCUCGACACAUAUGUUGAAAAACUCAUCGCCGAAGGUACAUUUACCAAGGAGGAUAUUGAUGAGCAUAAGAAGUGGGUCUGGGGUAUGUUGAACGAUAGCUUCGAUCGCAGCAAGGAUUAUCAACCUACUGGUAAGGAAUGGUUGACUUCUGCAUGGAACGGUUUCAAGAGUCCAAAGGAGUUAGCUACUGAAGUCUUACCCCAUCUACCCACUGGUGUCGAUGCUGAGACCCUCAAGUCGAUUGGUGACAAGAUCGGCGGAGCUCCGGAUGGCUUCAAUGUCCAUCGCAACCUGAAGCGUAUCUUGGGCAACAGAAAGAAGACUGUUGAUGACGGCCAGGGUAUCGACUGGGCCACUGCCGAGGCUUUGGCUUUCGGUACAUUGGUUAAGGAAGGCCACCAUGUUCGCGUCUCUGGACAGGAUGUUGAACGCGGUACUUUUUCCCAGCGUCACGCCGUCCUCCACGACCAAGAAAGCGAGGCUACGUACACUCCAUUGCAACACAUUAGCCCCGAUCAAGGCACCUUUGUUAUUUCUAACUCCUCAUUGAGUGAGUUUGGUGUUCUUGGUUUUGAAUACGGUUACUCUCUUACUUCCCCAAAUGCCCUCGUCAUGUGGGAGGCUCAAUUUGGUGAUUUCGCCAACAACGCACAAUGUAUCAUUGAUCAGUUCAUUGCUUCGGGUGAAGUCAAGUGGUUACAGCGCUCCGGUCUUGUUGUCUCGCUACCUCACGGUUAUGAUGGCCAAGGCCCAGAGCACUCUUCCGGUCGUAUGGAGCGUUGGUUGCAAUUGAGUAAUGAGGAACCCCGUGUCUUCCCAUCACCCGACAAGUUGGACCGUCAGCACCAAGACUGCAACAUGCAGGUUGUCUGCAUGACCUCGCCAUCCAACUUGUUCCACAUUCUUCGUCGCCAGAUCAACCGACAGUUCCGUAAACCACUUAUCAUCUUCUUCUCGAAAUCCUUGCUGCGUCACCCUAUUGCCCGUUCAGAUCUCGAGGAAUUUACCGGUGACUCGCACUUCCAAUGGAUUAUCCCUGAUCUAGCACACGGUUCCACCAUCGACGAGCCAGAAAAGAUCGAGCGCGUUGUAUUGUGCUCUGGUCAAGUCUACACUGCUUUGACCAAGUACCGUGAAAGCAAUGGCAUUCGCAAUACUGCUAUUACCCGUGUCGAACAGCUCAACCCCUUCCCAUGGGCUCAGCUGAAGGAGAACUUGGACAGCUACCCUAACGCCAAGGACAUUGUCUGGGCUCAAGAGGAACCACUAAACGCUGGUGCAUGGAGCUUCGUGCAACCACGUAUCGAGACUCUGCUCAACGCUACCGAGCAUCACAACAGACGUCACGUGAUGUACGCCGGUCGUUCCCCCAGCGCCUCUGUGGCUACAGGUCUCAAGGCCAGCCACGUGAAGGAGGAGCAAGAUUUGCUCAAUGAUGCUUUCACUGUCCACCAGGAGCAUCUUAAGGGGGAGUGA